GCGUUUGUAGGAUUUAAGGAAAGAAACGUAAUAGCAAGACAAAGAUAUAGAUUGAUUUAUAUUUAUAACAUUAUAAUAUUUAAUACAUUUUUCUGUUCUAUGUAUCGCUUAUAUCAGAAUUUUCUUAUCGUUUUGACAUCAUUCUUAAGAGUAUCAGAAAUUUCAAAUUCGGAAUAAAAUUGCAUUUAUAGUAAUGAGUGAGUCGAAGUGAGACUUUUCGAUGUAAAUAUAUCAGAAAUAGAAUAAAGUAUAAAAUUUUCCAAACAAAGUGAUGAAAUACUUACUAAAAUCCUACUUGCUUCUUGAACCGAUAUUUUGAACUUAUGUGCUUCGUUAGUCUCGUACAAUUACAUAUAGCCAGAAGAAUGAAAGAAUAAUGAGUCCGGAACCUCGUUGAUUGUGAAAAUUUUCCUUGUCUCCGGGACAAUGAGUAUAUUUAUUCGAUGUAAACGUGGACAAAGUAUACACGAAGACGAUGUCGUUAAUGAGCGUCAAGAAAUUUACGAGGCAUAACAGAAAGUUUAAAGGAACCGAGCGUUAUAAUUCUCGACGAAACAGUCUGACUUUAACGAGUCGUUGAAAGAGUUCGGGUAUAUAUUGCGAAAGACAAAAAUUUUUCAUUCAACGAUUUUCUAAAGAUGACAUUCAAAUCGUUGAUGAAUCUCGGAGGCUUGAGUGAUCCUUAUCAUUCCGGUAUUGAUAGAUACCAUAGCGGUUCUGGAGGAUAUCAUCACGGCGAAUAUGGAGGAUACUAUCAUGGUUCACGAGGAAGUAACAAAAAUAAAAAUGACAAAGGAGCUGCACUUAGCGCCUUGACUUUACUUGCUUUCCUGUUCCUAUUAAACGUCAUGCAGCAAUCGAUGCAAGAAAAUAAUAAUACAACUCCGACAACAACAUCCACGAUAUUUUUACGCGAUAUAGAUCAACCGAUAGUGAUAGAUUCGAAAGAAGAGGAGAAGAGAGAUGAAACGAAGAGGGAUGGUGUAAUAACUGUAAAAUCCAAAAUUCAAAGGCUUAACAGUCAAUAUAUUAAAUGAAAUCAGAUUAGUACACAAUGAUUUGGUACAGAGUAGUUAAAAGUACUUAGAUGAAUAAAUGAAGAAUAUUUUUUGGAUCGAGAUCGAAAAUCGAAAACUUCUCUCGUACAUGUUUAACGAUUCAUCCAUGAAUUAUCAGCAUGAAAUUGAUAUUAAGAUAAUAUUUAUUGAAUCAUUCUGUAACAAUUCCUUAAACAGAUGUGCUUCGAAAUAUCAUAUAUAUGCAGCAUACGCUAUUCUUUUAAUACAUUCCAUUCUUUUUUUUCUUUUUUUGCUGAUCUUUGUUCUUCAUUUUUUUUCUAUACAUAUAUAUAUAUUUAUUUAUUUACUUAUUUACUUAUUUAUACUUUGUAAUGUACUUAUAUAUAUAUAUAUGUAUGUAUAUACGUAUAUAUACAUACACAUACAUAUAUAUAUAAUAACCGUAUAAUUUUUUUAAGAAUAAACAUACAUAUAUACAGCGAAAAA